UCAAAGGGACAUCAAAGUGACAGCACGUAAACAAAUAAUAAAAAAUUUCACUGAAUUUUGCAAAUUUUCUUCCAAAAAUCCACCCAAGAACUUUUUCCUGGCCCUCCUGGCCAAUUCUGAGGAAUUAAGGAUAAUGAAAAAAUGCCAGAGUGUUAGAAUAAACUCACUGUGUUGGUGAAUUAUCAGAAUAUUUGAGAGAAAAGUGCAAAAAUGGCUCGAGAUUUGAGGGAGGAAGCAACAUCCCAGGAGAUUCCUAGCGAUGAUGAGGAUUUGAAGCAAAUCUGGUCAGAGUAUCAAGCAGAUACACAAUCUGAGUGCAAAAAUGAAUCCUUUAGACUCGAUUGCUGCUACUGCGCUGAGAGAUUCCCAUCUUCCAAGCAGCGCUUCCGCCAUGAGAAAACCUGUGUAAUUGGUCCAGUUGAGAGGUUUUCGUGUAAGUUGUGUUGCAUCAAUUUCCGAUACGAACAGGGAUUGUGGCGGCAUGAUCUUCGUCAUCAACUUCCAGGAGGAUUCCUCUGUCACAUCUGCAAUGCUGGAUUUACAUCCCACACUGAUCGUGUUCAACACAUGGAUGCUCAGCAUCGUGAAUAUAAAUGCCAAAUCUGUGUGGGGAGCUUCCGGAAGAAGGUGGACUACGUUAAUCACAUUGUACGGACGCACAGCAACUGCAAGUGUUGGAUCCUCCAGAAGAGUGUCAAAGAGGAAGAGGCCAUUAAGGAUAGUACUCAGCUGACGUGUGAUAAAUGUGGAAGUUGUAUGGGAAGCCUGGCGGCUAAACUGGAGCAACUUGCGGGUGAAAAUGAAGUCUCCAUCAUUCAUCCCAUGGAGACAAUUCACAUUGAGGAAUAUCCUGCGAAACAAGACAAAAUCCCAACGGAUGUAGAGCUGUUUAAUGGAAUUGCCGAUGAACCACAAAAAUCCAAGCCAAUUCGCCGUUCUCCGAAGAGACGGAAACGUCCAUCUCCGGAAAAAAUUCUCAUUACAAGUGACGAAGAAUUUCCAGAUCUCGAUGAUGAUUUACCUCUGUCUCGAUUGAAGAAACAAGCAACAACAACAGAACAUUACACUGUUGAGGAAGUCAUCGAACCUCCGGAAAGGAGGAGAAAUAAAAGGAAGAGAAUAUCAAUUGAAUCAGGAAAUUCAGACGGCUCCAAUGAAGUUGCUUUUCAGGAUGUGAGUGAAUCAAAUGAUUCUCUAAAGAACUGGGUGAAAGCAGCUGGAGGACGACGGAGGAGAUCAUCAACAAAUGACGAGCAGAAGAUUUGCAAAAUUCCCGAAUAUCGCUGCAAACUCUGCCCGCAGAUCUAUUGCUUCGAGAAGAGGUACCUUGGGCACCUUAAAACGGAGCAUGGAAUUGAGAUGAAGCCUGAAUCUGAGAAUGAAAAUGACAGCCAGUACAACUUGAAGGAGACUUUCUUACUUGGCUACCGGAAGCACGGAUGUAGAUUCUGCAAAAGACGCUUUGCCACCAAGGAAGCCCUCACGAACCAUGAGAGAUGCCACACUCCUGACGGGAAGCUUCGGAUUAAAUGCACGCUGUGCAGUGAACUCUUUGAGGAUGAGCAGCAGAUAAAGGAGCACAAGAAGUCAGUUCACAGGGAUGAAGUAACGUGUAAGUUUUGCAAUAAAACUUACGCCGGAGAACGCAACUUGCAGACUCACAUCGAUCUUCGGCACACAAAGACUAAAACAAUCAAAAAGAUGACCUACCUGUGCAGGAAAUGUGGCAAGAAUUUCACCUCCAAGACUGCUCUGCUGGAUCAUGAGCGAUCAGACUGCGGCAAAGCACCCAUCUAUCAAUGCGAUGUGUGCAAGAAGUUCUACCACAGCGCUGGUUCCCUGAAAGGUCACAAAACUCUCCAUACAAAAGUCAGGCCGUUCUUGUGCAAAUUCUGCGGGAAGUCCUACAGGAAUCCCGGGCAGUUGCGUGUGCACGAGAGGACGCACACAGGAGAGAAGCCACAUAAGUGCACAUACUGCCCGAAGGCAUUCAGUCACAGAGAAACCCUCCUAACUCACAUCACAAUGCACACGGGCUUCAAGAGAUUCAUGUGCUCAGGCUGUGGCAAGAGAUUUGCCUGCAUCUCCAAUCUUCAGGUGCACCGGAAGGCACAUGCAGACACAUGUGGGUUGGUGCCUAAUUGUACGAAAGCCGUUGGGCCAAUGGAUAUUCAUUUAAUGCCCCAGGAAGAUAAUCAGAUGUAAAGGAAAUGUGCAAAAAAAACGUUAAUUUGGGAUUAUUUGUGUAUGCCGAAGAAGCAUAAAAUAGCCAAGAAUAGACGUUUAAAAAAAUAAAUGGAAAUUGUAAUCUUU